AUGUGCGGACUGUCGAGGUUCCGGCAAAGGCUGGUAUUCCUGGAAGAGGAGGAUGAUGUUGGUGGCGGUAAUGUAGUUUUGGAUGACGAUCGCACCUUGAAACCCGGCGAAGUGCAGGUCGUUCUUCUACACUUCAGGCAAGCAUCUGAGGCGCAAGUGCGAGCGCUUCGGGAUGCUGCUGGGUUCGGUCUGAUACAAGAAGUGGAGAAUAUUCUGCAAAGGCCCCAAGACCCAGAUUUACCACUUUUUUGGUGUGAUCGGACCCCACUGAUUCUGGCAGCCGUGCUCGGCCACCUCGAGGUCGCACGCCUUUUGCUGGAGGCGAAUGCGGACAAGGACAAGGCCAUGAAGAAUGGAGCCACCCCAUUGUACAUGGCAGCUCAGAAUGGGCGCUUCGAGGUCGCACGCCUGUUGCUGGAGGCCAAUGCCGACAAGGACAAGGCCGAGCAGGGUGGUGCCACCCCAUUGUACAUUGCAGCACGCUGUGGACACUCGGAUGUUGUACGGCUGUUGCUGGAGGCCCAUGCGGACAAGGACAAGGCCAAUGAUCAUGAAGUCACCCCUUUGUUCAUUGCAGCUCAGGAAGGACAGUUGGAGGUGGCACGCCUGUUGCUGGAGGCGAAUGCGGACAAGGACAAGGCCGAUGUUAAUGUUUUCACCCCUUUGUACAUUGCAGCUCAGAAUGGGCGCUUCGAGGUCGCACGCCUUUUGCUGGAGGCCAAUGCGGACAAGGACAAGGCCACGCAGCAUGACGCCACCCCAUUGUUCGGUGCAGCAAGCUGUGGACAGUCGGAUGUUGUACGGCUGUUGCUGGAGGCCCAUGCGGACAAGGACAAGGCCGAUGAUCAUGGAAUCACCCCUUUGUACAUGGCAGCUCUGAAAGAACAGUUGGAGGUAGCACACCUUUUGCUGGAGGCCAAUGCGGACAUGAACAAGGCCAUGCGGGAUGGCACCACCCCCGUGCACGUUGCAGAGCAGAGCGGGAACUUGGAGCUUGCACUCCUUUUCCAGGGAUCAAACACGCGGAAGAGCAAAAGAAAAAGGUUGCUGUAG